UAAUCUUUAAAAAAAAAAAAAUCUUUACUAUCUAUAUGCUUUCGACUCGCUUUCUCUGUACUUCCGGUGUCAACGGUUUUGUUGUUUGCGUAGCUUACUUCGAAACACAGUCUCGUCAGUCAGGAGCUCCCUGUGAGAAGAGACGAGGCCGGAGAGCAUCAGUGCAGUAACCGAGUGUAUCAGACGCUGAGCUUCGUCGCGGAAGAACCGGUACCUUUCUCACCUCAAGCAAUAUAGACCAAAUCAAACAAUUUACAGCAUCAGAAUGUGUGGUAUAUGGGCCUUGUUUGGUAGUGAUGAGUGCCUUGCUGUUCAGUGCACUAAUGCCAUGAAAAUAGCUCACCGCGGUCCAGACGCUUUCCGCUUUGAGAAUGUCAACGGUUUCACCAACUGCUGCUUCGGGUUUCACCGCCUCGCUAUCGUGGACCAGCUGUAUGGCAUGCAGCCUCUGCGAGUCAAGAAGUUUCCUUACCUUUGGUUAUGUUACAACGGAGAGAUAUACAACCACAUCAGGCUGAAGAACAAGUUUGAGUUUGAGUAUCAGACUAAAGUUGACGGCGAGAUCCUUCUGCACCUGUACGAUCGCUUUGGAAUCAAGGACAUGGCCUCCAUGCUGGAUGGCGUAUUCGCCUUCGUCUUGUUGGACACGGCUAACAGGAAGGUUUUCAUUGGCAGGGACACAUAUGGUGUGAGACCACUGUUCAGACUGCUCACCGACAACGGCUUUCUAGCUGUCUGUUCUGAGGCCAAAGGUUUGAUAGACAUCAAAACCUCCAUGUCCACUCCUGCAAAGAUCACAGCCUUCCUGCCGGGACACUUCGAAGUGUUUGACUUGAAGCUCACUGGUAAAGUGCAGUCUGUUCAGAUGGAUUGUUUCCACUGCUGCACAGAAGAACCCAAACACGCCGCCUAUAACAAACUGGAGAGUCUCGGAACAGGCUUUGAACUGGAGACAGUCAAGAGCAACAUUAGGAUCCUGUUUGAAGAUGCGGUGAAGAAACGCUUGAUGGCUCACAGAAGAAUCGGUUGCCUCCUCUCAGGUGGUCUCGAUUCAAGUCUGGUUGCUGCUACACUUGUGAAACUGGCCAAAGAAGAGCAGCUCCAGUAUCCCAUUCAGACGUUUUCCAUCGGUGCUGAAGACAGUCCAGAUGUUGCUGCUGCUCGCAAGGUGGCAGCGCACAUUGGCAGUGAACACCACGAGGUGAACUUCACACCUGAGGAGGGGAUCCGUGCGCUCGAGGACGUCAUCAUUCACCUGGAGAGCUAUGACAUCACUACUGUGCGUGCCUCUGUCGGCAUGUACCUGAUAUCAAAGUACAUUCGUGAGAAGACCGACAGCGUUGUGAUUUUCUCGGGUGAAGGUUCAGAUGAGCUGACACAAGGGUACAUCUACUUUCAUAAGGCGCCGUCACCUAAAGCAGCUGCGGAGGACAGUGUGCGUCUCCUGAAAGAGCUUUAUCUGUUUGACGUGCUAAGAGCAGACAGAACCACAGCUGCACAUGGACUGGAGUUGAGAGUGCCUUUCCUGGACCAUAGGUUCACCGCAUACUACCUCUCUUUGCCUGAAGAGAUGAGAGUGCCUAAGGAUGGUGUGGAGAAGCAUCUCUUGAGGGAAUCGUUUAAAGGGUUGAACCUCAUCCCAGAUGAGAUUCUCUGGAGGAGGAAGGAGGCCUUCAGUGACGGGAUGACCUCCAUGAAGAAAUCCUGGUACACCAGUCUGCAGGAGCACGUCGAGUCUGUGGUGAAUGACUCUCAGUUGGAGGCGGCUAAGACGCCGUUCCCUAAGAAAACUCCCACAACCAAAGAGGGCUACUUCAUAAGGCAGAUCUUCGAGAAGCAUUACCCCGGCCGCUGGGAGUGGAUCCCACAUUACUGGAUGCCCCGCUGGAUCAAGGCCACGGACCCCUCGGCCAGAACCCUGUCCAUUUACAAGCCAGAUAAAGAGCAGUUAUCACAUUAACCAGACCACAUCCAGCUUCAGACCUUGCCUAGACCAUACAUUCACUACUGCAUACAUGUGUGCCAGUUCACAUAUUACCAGAAUAGAACUUUUGCCACACCUUUCUCUGUGCAGUUUACUAAAGAUGAUACAUUUUUUUUAUUUUUUUUGUCUUUCCUAAAGAGAAUUGAGUCUAUUUUAGGAAAGCUCUUUAAAGAUUGGAGUGAAACCAUAUCUCCAGCUCAUACAAUACUUUCCAAGAUAUAAAUUAAGGCCUCCAUUACACUCAUAUAUUCUUUUUUUCUUCAUCUUCUUUUUAUGGAGCUUAAAUGUAUAACUAAGCAAACCAAAACAAGUGUGUUAGUGUAGUUUGUUGGUUUGAAGGAAUCCCUUAAAAAUGGCACAGUAACCAUUGUUUCUUCUAAAAUAGUUUUGUUAUUUCAGUUAAACUGAUAACUUAAUAUUAAUUAAACAAAAGAAAUUCAAGCCAAAGGUACAGAAAGCCUCUUAUAUUAGUAACAAGUAAUAUAUACACUACCUUUCAAAGGAUGUGUUUUUUUUUAUGUUUUAGGAAAAUAAGUUUCUCUUCACUGAGACUGAUACAGUGAUACAAAAAUACAGUAAAAACUAAUAUUGUGAAAUAUUAAAUGGCUGGCUGCUUAUUUAAAUAUAUUUAAAAAUGUUCAUGUGAUGUAAAGCUGAAGCCUUAUUACACCAGACUUCAGUGUCACAUGAUCCUUCAGAAAUCACUCUAAUAUGCUGAUUCAUAACUUUGACGAGUAGAGUGUUCAAAAGAACAGCAUUUAUUUGAAAUGUGAAAAGUGACAAUGUCGAAGUCGUUACUUUGUUUAAUUAAAAAAGAAAAUAAUCUUAUUUGACCACAAACUUAUGAAUGGUAGUGUAUAUGUAUUUUUGGGUCCAGUAAUGAAUUUAAGUUACUAUGUUUUUGUGAUAUUCUGGACUGGAUACUGAAAUGUUGUAGGGUCAAAUUUUACAGCCUCUGAACUACUAUCUCUCUGUUCUUUAACUAUGCAUUUAUCCCAGCUUCCUUCAGUGGGAUUGACGCUUUAAUGACUGUACUUUUGUGUCUAUAGUCAGCUAAUUGACGUUAAUAAUUGGCUGGGUAGUUGAAAUGCUUUUAAGAAGUUAUAUUUAUAUAUAAAAUUAGUAUGUUUUAUUUUUUUCAGAGAAUCAGCAUCAGAGUUGAAUGAAUGGCACUGGUUAAAGAACUGUUCACCAUUUAACUUUGAUAAGAUAUGAUACUAAAAUUGGUUACAAAAUUAAUUUAUUGGAUUUUUUUUUCUACUUUAUAUUUUAUUUGGUGCACCAUCAAGUUUAAACUGACUUAAAAAAAUGAAUUAUAGUAAGUAUAGUAUGUAUUGUAGUUCGAAUGUUUAAAGAAACUGUAACUUCCUGUACUGAACGGUUUAAGGCGUUUUCAGUUCAGUUGGGUUUAAUGUGCAACAAAGGCUGAAGUGGUUGCAUUAACAAAAAAAGGUCUGGUCAUUGUAUUGAUAAAGCCUUUCAUCAAAGCA